AUGUUGUAUUGGUGUCUUGAUUGUUGUGUUGAUCAUCCUGUUGAUUUUAUUGCUGACCCUGUGAGGCAUGGAUUGAUCGAUGGAUUGACACAAGUGUGGCGGUGCAAGGCACCCCGCCAUUCAUCCAUCCAUCAAUCACAGCAACAGCAACAGCGGACAUCAACAUCAACGCAUCAACACAUCGACAUCACCAUGGAUAACCGCAGCCAUCCCCUCCUCCAACAAACCCCCCUGACAGUCAACCCCUUCCUCGACCUCCCCACCCCACCAACCCUGCCACACACCUACCAAUCCCUCCCCUCCACCCUCCCCUCCUCAGCUCUCCAAUCCCCACCAACUGCCACACACCCCAACCUCCCGGCAUACAUUACAUCCCCCACAGGAGACUUUUCCGCCCAUCCACACACUCUUCUCCACCAGAGUCGCGCACUGGUGGAACAGUUGAGCCGGCAGAUAGAGGAGGGAAUGAGAGUGGUGGAGGAGUGGGAGAGGGGUAUCCGGGAGAGGGAAUUGGCGGAGAAGAGGAGGAGGGCGCCGGGUUGGUUGGAUAGUGAGGUGAGAGUGUUGGAGCCGGAGAGGAGGGAUGUACAUACUCAUACGGAAGGCGAGGGCAAUUUGAUGGAUGAGCCGGUGAGGGAGGAGAAGGAGAAGGGAGAGGGAGAGGAUUUGGGUGAUGCCAUGGAUCGCGCGUUUGGGAGUGGCUUGGGGGGAUGA